AUGCUGCAUGAUUUACUAUUGAUGUUAGCGAUCUCGGCUCAGGCUAUCACUGCCGAACCUAUCUGCGAAUAUAAUGCAAAUCAGCGGAAGAGUAUCAUGAAAGAUCUUUUGGAGGAUUAUGAUAAGACGAUGGUUCCGUCAAACAAUUCUGUGGAUGUUAGUGUUGAAUUGACUGUACAGGAUAUAUCGUCAAUAUCCGAAAUGACUGGCUCAUUUAUAGCAGAUGUGUGGUUCAGUCAAGUGUGGACGGAUCCUCGACUGGCAUACAAAAACAUCUCUUGCAAAUCCAACUUAUCCUUGGACAGCUAUGUCAGCGAACGACUGUGGACACCUAAUGUUUGUUUUGUGAAUAGCAAAAGCACACAAGUGCAUAAAUCCCCGUCUUCGAAUAUUUUGUUGAUCAUAUAUCCCAAUGGUACCGUAUGGCUGAACUAUCGAGUGCAGGUGUCUGCUCCGUGUAGUUUCGAACUUUCACGAUUUCCUAUAGAUGCGCAAGAAUGUACAUUAGUAUUCGAAUCGUAUUCGUACAAUAUAGCAGAGGUGCGGUUAAAUUGGCAAGAAUGGGCACCUGUUACAAUGCCACCGUCUGAAGAUUUUCGCUUACCAGAUUUUCAAUUUUAUAAUGUCACUUGGGGGAAAGUUGUGAACGAAUAUACGGCUGGAAUGUGGGAUCAGCUGAAAGUAACUUUCCGGUUCAAACGUCUUUACGGCUACUAUGUGCUCCAGAUGUACCUCCCCACUUAUUUAUCAGUAUUUAUCUCUUGGAUUGCUUUUUGGAUUGACACUAGAGCACUGCCAGCUCGCAUCACUCUAGGGGUAUCUUCUCUCAUGGCUCUCACUUUUCAGUUCGGUAACAUUGUCAAAAACCUACCUCGAGUCUCAUUUGUCAAGGCUAUCGACCUCUGGUUUUUCGUUUGUGUUGCCUUUAUCUUCUUUUCUUUGGUUGAAUUAGCUGUGGUAGGAUUUGUGGACAAAAUAACUGAAAUAAAACGGCGAGCGGCAAGGAUAAGACUUCACAGAAUGCAAAGUGGUAGCACAUUGAAAAAGCCAAAGUCUCCAACAGAUUCCAUCCGCAAUUUGCGUUAUCCAGCAAACAAUAACGCUGACGAAGCAUGGUAUCAUAUGAACGGAGGUGAAAAUGGUUUCAUAAAGCCACAAGAAAGUCAUCAUACCCAAGGAUAUUCUUCUGGUGUCAAUCUGGAAACCGGAGCCAGAGUGGAUGCCAUAGCCGCUAAGGCUUUCCCGGCUAUGUUUGCUGCUUUCAAUAUAUUUUAUUGGUGGUACUACCUAAGCAGAGAGCGAGGUUGA